AUGUAUGUAUAUAGUCGUUCAUUUCGUUGGCUUCAAAUAAUUCUCACACUUUUCUAUGGACAAGUUAUAUCGACUGGUAUUUAUGAAUAUCUUAUUCAAGGCAUUUCUGGUUUAACAUUACAACUUCGACCAGUAUAUGAUUCAAUUCUUCUUAUAAUUUUCGGUAUAUUAAUGUUUGCAUUUGUUCCAUAUGCAAUAUUUGCUUUAUGGUAUUGUCGUACAAGAAUGUCUAUUAUAACUUUAUUAAUAUCAAUUGCAAUUCUUAUAUUAACAUUAGUGAAAAGUAUUAUUGAAAUAAGUAACAUGGGACAAUAUCCAAUACGUAAAGAAUGGAUAUUUAUACGAAUAAUGGAACUUAUUCUACGAGUAUUUGGUAUUAUCGCACUUAUAAUUUUUAUUAUUCGUCUUAGACAAGGAUAUAGACCAGACAAUUUUUAA